CUUUUUAUUGUUUUCAUGGUAGAAGAGGUACCGUAGAGGCUUGAGUUGAGAGACUCUGUCCUCUUCUUCUCCUUUCUUCUCGGUGUCUUUUUGCCUGUUGCCGAGAGAACCAGAGCAUUUACCUUGAUAUGGAAGUAAGUACGUUUCUGCUUCUCCUCUUUGGGUUUCUGUUUGGUUCCUGAGAAAAGGAAGGAAAAUAACAGAGGGAAAGUAAUGAACUUGGAGAAUUUCCCCUUUUUUAUUCUCUGGGUUAUCUCUUUAGGGGAGGAUGAAAGAUGGGUUAAGUCAAACUAAGACAAGAAAUUUCCUUUUAGUCUUCAUUUAGAUUUUCUGUUUCCUCCUCCCCGCAUUUAGGACAAAAGUUUUUCUCUGCUGCCAAACAGAGUAGGUGAAAGAACAGAAGUCAAAAAAUGACUAAACCUAACCCAGCUAAAAACUGGCAUUUUUGACCAAGCUUGAUUUAUAGCUGAUAAUUAUUACUAAGAGAUAUCUCUCUUUCUAAGUAGCUUUUGACAGCACUACAUGCUCCUGUUGAUUGAUUAUGAUUGGUUUUUCUUCACAAAAUUCCUGUAGAUGGUACCCAGAUUUCCACAGAGCUUCUGGGACUUUCAACCUUCUGAAGAAUGAAAUCUCUUUUGUUGACUGAGAAGAUGAAUAACCUCUUCAUUUUCUAUGCAAUCAUCACCUUGGGAGCAAUUUUAUCUCCCAUUAGUUGCGACCCAGUUGAAGAUAAGCAAGCCUUACUCGAUUUCCUUCACAAUAUUCACCAUUCUCACUCUCUAAACUGGAACAGCAGCACCUCUGUAUGUCAAACCUGGACUGGAGUCACUUGCAACAAUGACCGUUCCCAGGUUAUAUCUCUUCGUUUGCCGGGAAUGAAGCUCCGCGGUCCAAUCCUACCGAACACUCUUGGUCGCCUAUCAGGAAUCCAGCUUUUGAGUCUUCACUCUAAUGGCAUAUCAGGUUCAUUGCCUGCUGAUUUUGCUGAGCUCAAAGAGCUGACCGCCCUUUAUCUUCAAUCCAACAAAUUUUCUGGCCCUUUGCCUUCUGAUUUCUCAGUUUGGAAAAAUCUUACAAUUGUUGAUCUUUCUGACAAUGAAUUCAACGGAAGUAUCCCUUCUUCAAUAUCGAAUUUGACUCAACUCACGGCUUUGAACCUUGCUAAUAACUCGCUUUCCGGCCAGAUUACUCUGCUCGAUGUGCCUAGUUUGCAGCACUUGAAUUUAGCGAACAAUAACCUCACAGGCACUAUACCUAAAUCCCUGCAAAGAUUUCCUGGUUCAGCAUUUGCUGGCAAUAAUCUUUGGUCUGAAAUUGUCAUCCCUCCAGCUCUUCCUAUGCAGCCUCCAUUUGCUCAACCAUCAAGGAAAAGAGCCUCAAAGCUUAGUGAACCUGCACUACUUGAUGUUCUAGGAGGUUGUGUGAUGGCAUUUGUGGUAAUUGCUAUUUUGAUGAUACUUUGUUACUCUAAGCAGAAAAGAGGAGAGUUUUUGGGGAAUUCACAGAACAAGAAAGAGAUUUCAUUGAACAAAGUCUCUGAUAAUCAAGAUAAGAAGAACAGGCUAGUGUUCUUUGAGGGAUGUAGUCUUGCAUUUGAUUUGGAGGACCUGUUAAGAGCAUCUGCAGAGGUGCUCGGAAAGGGAAUGUUCGGAACAACAUAUAAGGCAGCUCUUGAUGAUGCAAGCACAGUGGUUGUCAAGAGAUUGAAAGAAAUAAGUGUGGCAAAAAGGGACUUCGAGCAACAGAUGGAGACUGUCGGUAGCAUCAGGCAUGAGAAUGUUGCUGCUCUAAGGGCAUAUUACUAUUCAAAGGAUGAGAAGCUCAUGGUAUAUGACUACUACCGGCAGGGCAGUGUUUCUGCGUUGCUAUAUGGUAUGUGCAGCUCUCUUUCCAAACCUAUUUCCUUGCUCAUACUGAAAUCUCAUUGCCUUUCAAAAUGCCCUAUAAUGGUGAGGUGGGUGAAUUCUGUUGUUAGGGAGGAGUGGACCGCAGAGGUGUUUGAUGUAGAACUUUUGAGGUAUCCCAACAUAGAGGAAGAAAUGGUAGAGAUGUUACAAAUUGGAAUGAGUUGUGUGGUGAAGAUACCAGAGAGAAGACCUAAAAUGUUUGAUGUUGUGAAAAUGGUGGAGGAUAUUAGAAGAAGUCAACCAUCUCCUGAAACUAAAUCAGAAGUUUCUAUAUCAACUCCUACACCACAUGCAGCAACAGAAAUAAGAUCCUCCUCUACUAUGCGAUAAGUCUAUUU